AUGUCUAUGUCUAUAAACAUAACACUGAUAUCGAGGCAGAUAUCGUUGCCGUUGGAUCUGUUCCUGACUAUCGGUGUUUGUGAUAAAAGUGUUGAAUCGAUUCACGCGAAGAUAGGCACAUAUGAAGGCAUUACAGACCAAAGAUGUGGUCAAAGUAGUCAUAAACUCAAUUACCUGCAGACAUGUGUCCGGUGUGUGAACAGGAAAGGUGGUCAGCGGUCGCAGAAGCUAAUUGGGGCCGAGAGUGCAGGUGUCGGUGAAUUCCCGUGGAUUGUCUCCUUUCAAAGCAACAAAACUAAACACCAUUUCUGUUCGGGAAGUCUCUUAAACGCCAAUUGGAUCCUCACAGCCGCCCAUUGUUUCAAAGGCCAUCGAAAAGUCGACACAUUUUACAUGAGAACCGGUUCUCAUGAGAUCAGCUCAGGAUAUGUAGAGAGGGCUCACAAAUACUAUUUGCACCCGAAGUACAACUUAAGUGAUCCCAACGGACCGUACGAUUUGGCGCUCGUCUUCAUUGAUAAGACGACACGAAGAAAGCGAAUCCAACCCAAGAAGAAAUACAACUCUAACGGCAUUUGUCUCCCGGAAAAGGAUAUCCAGAAUGACAUCCAAGAGAAGGCCUAUUAUUCAGGGUUCGGGCGAAUCAACUAUAAGGGCGUCAGAGCAACCAAUUUGAUGAAGUCGUCGAUGACUUUAAUGCCCGACAGUGAGUGUCAUAACCAUAUUUCCAAAUACAGUAUGGCAUGUCUUAACUCAAACACCAGUCACACUUGUAAGGGUGAUUCUGGAUCUCCUUUAGUGCAAUACGUGAAUAAUAAAGCGGUUCUCAUUGGCAUACAUAAGGGGUCGACCAAAAUGAGGGGUAAAUGUGGAAGAGAGACAUCAGUGACCACAAGAAUAAGACCCAAACGUAGGCCAAAGAAAAAGAGUCCACAAAUGGGUGUCAGACUAUUGAGAGACUUCAAGAGUCGAUUGGAGACAAAGAGUUUGCUGAAGAAGUAG